CCGUGGUCCAUUUCUAUCCUGUCGCUCUUUCUCUCGUACCACCACCAUCUUCCAUCCUAGGCAGAGCUCCUCCCUCGGUCAAACCACUUACAAAGCUAUGUCUGAGAACGAGACAAACGCCACGCAGGACGUCGUCGCUGCACCUGAAGCUGCCAGCACGGCGACACCUUCUUCUGGGUUGGUAGUCCACCAUUUGAACAAUUCGAGGUCUCAGCGUGUUCUCUGGCUCUUGGAGGAGCUGCAAGUUCCUUAUGAGAUCAAACACUACCACCGUACGCCCGAGAUGACGGCACCCAAGGAACUCCUCGAGGUCCAUCCUCUCGGAAAGUCACCUGUGAUUACUGAUGGCCCGCUAACUCUGGCCGAGAGUGGGGCCAUCGUGGAGUACGUUAUUUUGAAGUACGGAAACGGGAAGGGAAAACCGAUUCCUGCUGGCGAAGUGGACAACCUCUACUUCACUCAUUAUGCCGAGGGCUCGCUCAUGCCACUGGCUGUGAUGAAAUACAUCUUCCAACUCAUCCCCAACCGCCUCCCCUUACUCAUGCGUCCUCUCAUGCGACCCGUCUUCUCCGGCAUCAGCUCCCGGUUCGUGGACCCGCAACUCAAGAAGCAUUCCGAACUUAUCGAGACGCACUUGGAGAAGACACACGGUGAUUUCUGGGUAGGUGGCCCGGAGCCGACCUCCGCAGAUUACAUGAUGCUUUUCCCGUUGGAGGGCUUCACAUCUCGCGCCCCUGAGAUUCUGGGUCCUAAGACGAAGGCUUAUAUUCAGCGUAUACAUGCUAGGGAUGCCUAUAAGAGGGCUCUCGAGAAAGGCGGCCCGUACGACUAUGCGUAAAGCUAACCUUAUCAAUAUACACGUCGGUGAUCGCUGCAUGACCCGUCGUAUUCUGUGUUUCCCAGUACUGUCAUAUGUGUUGCGUUGUUGUUGAUGAUAUGACCUUGUCUGAUUACCUGUGAUAUUCUUGCUUGGAAAACUAUAUCUGUAUUCACAAUUCCAGUCAAGUUCUGAGCCAGGC